UGGUGCAGACCAGAGCCAUCCUCAACUACAUAGCAGGGAAAUACAAUCUCUACGGGAAAGACCUGAAGGAGAGAGCCCUAAUUGACAUGUAUGUGGAAGGAUUGGCAGAUCUGUUUGAGUUAAUCAUGUACCAUGAAUUCAAACCUGCUAAUGAAAAGGAGCAGCAUCUUGCUAAUAUAAUGGACAAGGCCACAAACAGAUAUUUACCAGUCUUUGAGAAGGUUUUGAAAGACCACGGACAAGACUUCCUUGUUGGCAACAAGCUGAGCAAAGCAGAUGUGAGUUUACUGGAAAACAUUUUGUGGCUGGAAGAGUUGAAGCCUGAUGCGCUUGCAAAAUUUCCUGUCUUGCAGAGUUUCAAAGCAAGAAUGUGCAGUAUGCCCAAUAUCAAGAAAUUCCUGCAGCCUGGCAGCCAGAAGAAAGCAAUUAUUCAGGAAAAGGAUAUACCAAGUGUGAUGGCAAUUUUCCACUGAGCAGCAACCUACCUGCACUGUAACUCCAUUCCAUUCUCUGUCGUGUUUCCUGAGAAGCAAAAUUUUGCACAUUAGCAAAUGUAACUGUGAACUCAAUAGUCUCAAAUUUGACAUGUUGUCUUAAAUACUUCAACAGUUUUGUAGAAUAAAGUUGACAUUACAAUGUA